AUGUUUGUUAAAAGAUCUGUCUCCCUCUUGGUUAAACCAAUUAAUAAUGUAUCAAGUGUAAGAAACUUAACUUCAUCAUCAUCAGUGUAUGAAGCAGCAAGAAGAAAGCGUGACAGAAAGGGAUUGGUCAAUGAACAACAGAUUGAAGAAUCCGAUGUAUCAUACUUUCCAAUGGAACGUCAAGGUGUCGACUAUGAAUUGAACUGGACGUUGAACCGUUACUCGAUUACACCAACCUUUCAAGCAUUCCGUAAUGCCUCUGAAAAGGUACUCUUCCAACAAUCACAAGGCAAAAAGGAAGCCAACGGACAGAUCUCGGUGCAAGUAGCAUCAGAGACCAAGUCGACCAACUACUACCUCGACGCUGAAGUUGCCAAGACCAACAAUGGCAACGUCAUCAGUGUCGCACAGUACAAGCAACUUCUUGAAUUGGUCAAGGACCACAUUGGCACACACAAGUCGAUCUUUGUAGGUGACGCUGCCCUCGGUAGCAGCCGUGCCGUCGAGGCACACAUUCGUACCGUCACUGGCGAUGCCACCAACGCACUCUACCUCAACCACAUCCUGCCACGUACCCUCGUAGGCAAGGUCGGUGAUUUCAAGCACCCCAUCACCCUCUACCUCGCUCCAUCCCUCGUCGUCGACUCGCCACAACAAUACGGUCUCGUCGGUGGCCAAGCCUUUAACAUUAUCGAUAUCAAGCGUGGUAUUGCUGUCAUUGCCGGUGCCCAAUCCACCGAAAACAUCCGCAAGACCCUCUCUGCCAUCUCUCAAGCCCACUUUGUAUCAACUCAAACCCUCUCUACCUCUGCCGAUAUUUAUCGUACUCAUGAUAACAAAAAUAUCUUGGUUUUUAAUGAUGGUUAUUUAUUAAACAAGAAAUUUGAAAGUGGAUCAGUUGUAUCACAAGGAUCAUUAUGGAAUAAGGAUGGUGUAUAUCGUAUCUUUGAUGCCAUCUCUUAUCCAUUGGAAUCACCAGCCAACAAGAAAUUCGAUGUGAUUGAAAGAUUUGCCUCACCAAAAAAGACUGUAUCAACCACUCCAGUUCAAUUUGACACCAACGAAUAUGCUGCACCAUCCGACAUUGUCUUUAUGGUCAAGGACUCUAAAGGAAUCAUUCCUCCAUUCUCUCAAUUGGACGCAUCGCAAGCCGAAAAUUUCUUCACCGCUGGUUACAAUGGUGACUCUUUCCAACCAUUUGCUACCUCUGAACCAAUUACUACUUCUCCAAAAGCAAAGGCUGAAUUAUUUAAGUCUCUUGUUGAACAAAACAAGUCAAAUGUAUAUAUAAUCAAUACUCAUUCUUUCCAAAAAGAUGCCGAUGUUGAUAAAUUAUUAUCUGUAAUUUCUAGUGGAAAAGUUACCAAACCACAAUCAAAGAGUCAAUACCAAAUUCUUUCACCAAUUCAAUUGUCAGAAAAUAAGGUUGGUCAAGUAGAUUCAGCCAAAAUUAAUGAAUUUGAAACCAACUUUGCUACUUUUCUCUCAAAAUUUAAACAAUAA